UUAUAAAUUUUCCAAUUAGUAGGCUUUUUCAAAACCAUUUUGUCCAUUUGCCGACCUAAAUCUUGAAAAUAUGCGACUAUAAAAUAUCUAUCGAUUAGUGCUUGUAGCCCUGAGUGCAGCCCAACAGCUGAGCUGCAGUUGCGCAUUUUAUAAAAGUUCAACAAUUUAUUGUACGCCAUCAAGUCGCAUAUAUUUGUUUAUUUAUGAUAACCCACAAUAUUACUUGUAUACAACUCAUAUUUACUGCCAGUUAGAACUGCAACUGAGACUGAAAACAAAGAAAUCUCACUCACUCGUUGGUUUGUGUGUGGGAGUUGUUGCGGAACAGAAAGAUAGCAUAAAAAGACGUUGCUAAAAAAUAAACAGCUGCUGCAUUUAAAGGGGAAAUUUAACAAAUCAACAUGUCUAAAGUAAUUUCUCAAGAGACCUUCGACGAUGUUGUCCAGGAAAAUGUUGUUGAUUUCUCUAUGACUCCCUCCGAGGCCAAGGAGGAGACAAUAAAGCAAUUUGAAGCACAAGGCAUUAACCUGGUGAACAUCAUAAAAGAUUUGGCCAUAAAUCCUGAAACGGGUAAGCCAGUUAUUAAUGAAACAGUGGCCAAAAUUCAAAAACACAUCAGCGAAAAAAGUGAAGAUAAAGCACAAUUAACGGAACUUCUCGCCAUCUUGGAUCUGGAAUGUCAAAAAUCGCUCGCACACCGCGUGCUAGCAGGAAAAAAUGGCGCGCACGAUGCACUUAUUGGAUUGCUGGAACAAACGCUGGCCGUUGAGACAUUGGAAAUAGAAUUGCUGUGCAAAUGCUUGCAAGCUGUAAAUAGUUUAACGCACAAGCAACCUGAUUUAUAUGAUCCCAAGGCGAUGGCUGUUGUUCUUCAAUUGCUUGCGCUGGAAGAUCAGUUGGAAGUAGCAUGUCUGACACUGCAAUGGAUGCAAAAAGCUUGUAUUAUGCAUGAAAUGAAUCGACAGAGUAUAAUGGCUAGCAAUGCCAUAAAGGUUAUGAAACCGCUGCUGGUUAAGGAUAAUCCUCGACUAAUAAAGGAGCUGACUGCAGUUUUGAGAUUCCUCGUAUUGGACGAUGAUAUACGUGUGGAGUUUGGCUGUGCGCAUGAGCAUGCACGACAGAUAGCGAACGAAGUGUUGCUCCAGCUGGUAGAGCUGCUGCCAGCCUAUGAGGAUGUUAAUGUCCUGGCGGACUUGUUGCUCACACUUGGCACAUUGGUUGUGCGGCAGGAGUUGUGCACGGUCAUAGACGAUGCUGGCGGCCUUAAGAUUAUCUUUGGUAUAAUGGAAAAUAAUCUAAAUGAGGAGCGUCUAAAUCGCGAGGCAUUAAAACUCUUACGUGCCCUUGCUGGCCAUGAUGCUGUAAAGGCGCACAUUGUACAACAGGGCGUGGCUCCAAUCAUUAAACAACUACUCGAAACACAUCAAACAAAUGAGAAUAUCAUCUCCGCUGCUUUAGCUUGCAUAACCACGCUUACGCUGCGUGUCAAGGAGCACAGCAUUGCCUUCUUUGAAACGGGCAUUGCUGAGAUAAUUGUCGAGGCAUUGCGUCUGCAUCCCAAGCAUAAGAUUCUCCAACGCAACGGCGCAUGGGCCAUACGCAAUAUGGUUUCACGUUCACGCGAUCAGUGCGAAACUUGGUUAUCAUUUGGCGUGGAGGAUUUACUCAAUGCUGCCAUGGCUGAGCAUCCUACGGUGGCGCAAGAUAUCAAGGCUGCGCUGCGAGAUCUUGGCUGCAAUGUAGAAUUGCGCGAAGAGUGGACCGGUAAAGCAGAAAAGAAAAUUGCCGCAUAGCUGAAAAAACACACAUGGAC